AUGAAUACACCAACACGAGACAAAAUGCUUCGGUUCCAAAUGAGUGUUCCUACAGACGAAAAGAAAUAUGUGAUCCGAUCGGAAAAACUCGGUCUUGAUUUUAGUGCAUGGGUUCAAGAUGAUACUGGUAACAAUGCGAAAUGUUAUGUGAUGACUAUACAUGAUAUUGGCUGCAGUCAUUCGGUUUUUACUGAAUUUGUUUCUCAGCCUGAAAUGCGUGCUCUUAAACAACGAAUUGUUUGGGUACAUAUUGAUUUACCCGGUCAAGAAGAUGAUGCCAGUCCUUUGACUAUCGAAAAAUAUCCAUCAUUCGAUGAUUUAGCUAGUGAAUUAAUAAAUGUUGUUAAUCAUUUAAAUAUUCCACAAACAGUUCUAUUUGGUGAAGGUGCAGGAGCUAAUAUUGCUUGUCGUUUUGCUAUGGAAUAUCCAUCACGUGUACAUGGUCUUGUACUUAUUCAUCCAACUGGUACAACAGCUGGUUUUAUGGAGAUGAUGAAAGAUAAACUUAAUAAUUGGAAAUUAAUUCAUAAAGGAAUGAAUCCAGAUGCUGAAGCUUAUCUUAUUUGGCAUCGAUUUGGACGUGAUGCAGUAAAAUCUAGCGAUGAUCCAAACAAGAACAAGGGUUAUGGUGAUUCACAAUUACUUGAAGCAAAUAUUCGUGAAUUUUCGGAAAAACUUUAUCAAAAACGAACAGCAAAAAAUUUGGCACUUUUUAUGGAUGCUUUUUUAAAUCGAACAAAUCUUGUUGAUAGAUUAGACAAAUUAACUGUUGAUUGUCUAGUAGCUGUUGGAAAGAAAAGUUCUGUAUUACAUACAACUGAAAAAUUCUAUGAUCGUCUUCGUGAAGCACGUAAUAAUCCACAAAAAAUGGUUAAUUCACCAAUGCUUGUCGCUGAUAAUGUUGGCGAUGUUCUUGGUGAAGCACCUGAUGUUUUGGCUAAAUCGAUGCAAUUCUUUUUACAAGGCAUAGGUUUAGUAUCUGGUUUACCAAUGGAAGCUGGUUUAGUUGGUUUAGGUCGUCUAUCUCGUGCAAUGUCAAUGGAAGAUGCUGAUCGUCCAAGACGAAGUUCUGUACUUGCAUCAUCACCUGGUACAGCUUCACCAUCAAUAGUCGGUUCACCGCCCAAAUUUCCUUCAUAA